UGACCAGGAAAUCAGUACAACUUUACCCAGACUCCAGCAGGUGUCUGUCUGUACAACACCUGACGAUGUCUGCCGACGCGUGUCAGGAAACCGCGGAGCACUCCGGGCUGCUGAAGCUUUCCUCCGCCGUGUUUUACGCCGGCAGCUCGUUUCUUAUAACGGUGGUGAAUAAAACGGUGCUCACGAGCUUCAGGUUUCCCUCCUACAUUUGUCUGGGUAUUGGCCAGAUGAUCACCACUCUUGUUGUCCUUUAUGCUGCCAAAAUGAGCAAAACUGUCACAUUUCAAGACUUCGACAAAAGUAUUCUCUUUAAAAUUUUCCCUCUUCCUCUGCUGUAUGUUGGAAACCAUAUAACAGGACUGGCAAGCACCAAAAAACUCAGUUUACCGAUGUUUACAGUAUUACGGAAAUUCACAAUAUUAAUGACAAUGAUCUUGGAGGUAUACAUACUAAGAAAAAAAUUCCCAAAGCGCCUUGUGUACAGUGUUGUAGCCAUAGUCCUGGGUGCCAUGGUUGCUGCAAGUUCUGACCUGGCCUUCGAUGUGGAGAGCUACACAUUCAUCCUGCUCAAUGAUGCUUUCACUGCUGCUAACAGUGUGUACACCAAAAAGAAACUUGGCACUGAGGGCCUUGGGAAGUAUGGUGUCUUAUUUUACAAUGCACUAAUCAUUGUCAUCCCCACUCUCUUGGCGAGUGCAUUUACUGGGGAUUUACACAAGGCUGUCACAUUUGAGGACUGGGUUACAGCAACUUUUAUUUUUUGUUUCUUCAUGUCCUGCGUCAUGGGGUUUGUGCUUAUGUAUUCAAUAGUCCUGUGCAGCUAUUAUAACUCAGCACUUACUACAACUGUAGUGGGAGCAAUAAAGAAUGUUGCAGUGGCCUAUAUUGGCAUCUUUGUGGGAGGAGACUACCUGUUUUCUUGGACCAACUUCCUGGGCCUCAGCAUUUGUAUGUCAGGUGGACUGGCGUACUCAUAUCUCACAUUUAUCCAGAAAUCAUCUGGAAGUAACGGAGAAAGAACUCAGGAGCUGAGGAUUCACAUCCCAGAGGAUCCGAAAGGGGAGUACUCUGCAAACUAAAUGGACAAUGUUUUAGCAUUCACCACUUGGUGGCGUUGUUCUGCUCCAUAUUGGAGCAUGAUAUUGCUUCUGAACGUCAAUUCUGACGUUUAUUUAAAAACUAAUGAACUGAUCUUCCUGGAUACAUUUCUGCUGUUAUCUGUUUAACUUCACUACUAAAUCACGACUGAAAAAAUUGACAACAAGUUCGCAUAAAUUCUGGGUCAGAUUCAGUGAAAGUUUAUUGAAAACCAACAAUUAUAAAACAGUGUGGACAGCCUGUCAGAGAAAUCUUUAUAAUGUGUAAUAAAAUGUCUACCAAGCAAGCAGGGUAAGUCUAUACAUGUCUUAAUGUGAAAACUGUUGAAGGAUGUUAGCGGAGGGGAAAAACUGAGACUAAAAUUCAACUUCAAAUCUCUAUAAAUUGUGCACACUCAAUAUUCUAAGAAAUACAAUGUGUAUAUAUUAAAUGCCAUCAUCUUCUUAAACCACAAAAUAGACUAAGGGUUAGAAAUGCUUCAAAAUAUACUAUAAUUGGGUACAAAUAAAUCAUUUGGUUUUCUGAUUAUCAA